AUGGCAGAAUCGAAAUCUGAUGUUUCAGAAUCAAUAAAUCAAGCUGGUAGAUGCAAUCGCGUCCAUUUUCCAGCGGAACAGCUGGACAGACAUGAUUCCCGUAUUAUCGUCAAUGGGGAUGCCGAUUGUAAGUGCCUCGAUGUACAUCUUGGGUUUCUACAACUUCUCCACGAUUACCACAUCAAUUUCAGAAUUCCGGACAAAUUAGGGAAAGAUCUCGUCUGCGACCCAUUACAGAAUUUAAAUGUUCAGUUGCUAGAAGCUGUACCCACAGAUAAUGGUCAUGAACUGCUGCUAAGUUUCAAAGCUCAAAAGGAAAAGUUAAUGAAGGAAGAACUCAUAAUUAACAGUGCAACUGAUUCAGAUGCUCACAUCAAACUCAUAUUACACGCUAGAGUUUUAGGAAAAGGAAAAGGAACGCCUGCUUUAAGAUCUGGAGUCCAUUGUAUAAAAGUUCAUGCUGAUGAUGAAGAUUCUCAUCUAAGUGAUUGGCAGGGAUUUGAUUGA